UCCUUUAUCAAGCGCCGUAGCGACACUACUGAAUAUUCAUAAGAAAACAACAUGGCGUCGACGGUGGUAGUAGUGGUACUACUCCACUUCAUUUUUGAGCAAUGUUUACUAACACGGGGAUCAAUUCACUGGGUUGUAACAGAAGAUGGGAGGGUACAAUCACAGGCUGAUUCCGUUUUUAAUUUACGACGACCGUAUGAUUUAGUAGCGUUUAUGAAACAAGAAGAUAGGGCUACAGUCUUAAAUCAUUUAAAGAAAGAAUUAUUAAAUAGAAAAGGUGAAAUAGAUAAAAGUGAAGAAAGAGAUACGGCUGGUUUAGAGCAAAAAUUUUAUAAAACCGAUUUUGACUGCAUGCAAGCAGAGAAACCAUUACCAGAAUUUGAUUUGUAUAUAAGCACUGUUUUACCACUAGAAAAUAAAGGAAUAAGACCAGAAGAUUUUAUAGAUUUACAUGCUUCACCGAGUGAUGAACCAAUUCCACCAGAUUGUACACAAGUCACUGAUCUAGAUUUUAGUGCACAUAGCUUUGAACACUUGGAGGGAGUUAAAGAUAGACAUAAUCUAACAGGAACUCCUGAGUGGGGAUUAAAAAGUGCCAUCACCCAUCAAGAUAAUGUUGAUGAUUAUGGACAUUUGGUCUACGAAGCAUUUAAAAGUAAUAAAACAUCAUGGGUAUUAUACAAUAUGGCAGCAUUUUACUGGAGAAUAAAGGGUGAUCCCUAUCAAGCUGUAGAAUGUGUUAGAAGAGCUCUACAUUAUUCCCCAAGGUUUCAUAAAGAUGUAGCCUUGAUUAGUUUGGGUAAUAUAUUACACAGAGCUCGUUAUUCUAAUGAAGCAGCUGUUGUUGUUCAUUCAGCACUUGAGAUAUCAAAAGAGCUCAAUGUCAACCAUUUUACUUUAGGAAAUGUUUAUGCGGUACUGGGAGAAUAUAAUAAAUCAGUUAUCUGUUUUGAGAACACUCUAAAAAUUCAACCCGACUUCGAGGCAGCUGCUAAGAGGAAAUAUGCUGUGAUGUGCCAUUCGAAACUAGAGAGUGCUCUUGAAGCUCAACACAAAUCUUUACAGAGAACUUUGAAAGAUUUAAAGGAUUAUCAGAAGAAACAUGAUCUAUGGCAACAACAGAACGAAAAAUUAUUGACAGAACAAGUGACAACAGAAGCUAAAAUUGCUCAAAGUAUUGCUUUGGAAUUGAGUAAAGCAAAAAAAUCUACACAAGAUAUAGGUGAAUAUUGUCAUAUGGUAGAUAGAGAUGGUAAACAGGUAUUACUAUGUACCUGGAAUAGAAAAGCACCAUCACUGGAGAUGUUGGAUCAAUUUGCUAUGGAUGAACAGAAGAAAGAGGUUGAAAGAGCCCAUCAAACAUCCAAGAAAUAUGAGAAAAAGACUAUAGAUUAUAAUUUGCCAGUUAGAGCACCACUGUAUGUUAAAGAAAGACGACCUGUUCCUAGGUAUGGCGAUACAGAUUCUGGUGCUGAUGAUUGGCCUAGUAAAGAAGAAUGUGAUACAUUUGUACAGAAAGUACCUGAUCCACGAAAUCUGUCUACUGUUUAUCUCUCACCAGAAAAUAAAGGAUUCGAGGUAAAAGCUUUGUUAACUGAAGCUCAAAACCUGAAAGCAAAUGGAGAACAUCCGUUACCAUGGUACCCUCCGAUCUGUGUAACGUUGUUGACUAUCAAUGAAUAUGAUGAGAAAACGUACGAUAACGUUAAAUCUGUCAGCAUGGCUGAACGUACCAGAGUGCCAUUAAAAAUGUCAGAUCCGUCCAUGAGAAAGGUAUUAUUAAGCCAUGUUAAUGGAGGAACUGUAACAGAAGAAGAAGUAGGACAGAGAAUAUUAUCAGCUAUAAAACAGGAAGUUGGAGCUAGAUGGGUGUUGUUUAAUUUAGCUGGUUUAUACUGGAGAGUUAUUGGUAAUAAUUAUCAUGGUAUUGAAUGUAUCAGACGAUCUCUAGCUCUAGCACCAGAUGAAUAUGCUGAUGUACCGCUAAAUAAUCUCGCUAAUAUACUUUACAAGUGGGGAAGAUUUGACGAUGCCAUAUUGCUCAUGAAGGAUGCCCUGAAAUUAAAUGAUGCAGAGCCUGAUACCAACUUCCUGUAUGGUAAUCUUCUGUGGGCUACCAAGAAUUAUACCGGUGCCGUUGCUCAUUAUCGUAUUGUUCUAGACAUAGUACCAGAACAUCAAGAAGCUUUGUCGGCACUUCGAGCUCUACGAUGUUACCAGAAAUACCAUGAAGCUGCUCAAAGUGUAGCCCCGGUAGAAACACUAGCUCAACCUGUUGGCAACAACUGUCAACAGAAAGGUCUUGCUGUUAACCCUCAAACAGAAAGUCGGGUCAUCUGUAAAACUGAGAAUGGAGAAGAGAAGUGUAUUAUAGAGACAAGAACAAGAGGUAAAGCUGGUGAUUGUAAUGGCCAUUGUACACAGACAUGUACUAUAACACCUAUUAAACUAGAAUCAUGUAAUGGUGGAGAACUUCCUAUUGAUACUAGUAGACGUUUAGGACUUAGCUGUGUUAUAACUCCCCAUCCUGAGUGUGAUAUAUUAACUGAUCCUGUUCAAUGUCAUCAGAAGGGUACCAAUAAUCAUUGUGGUGGUGAUGGUGGAGAAGAAUUACUUUUUACAAGUGAUUUUACAGCUAAAUUAGAUGAAGUUAGUGAACAUUAUGAGAAGAAAGGAAUAUGUAAAGGAGAUGAUUGUAAUACUCUUAGAGUGCAGUGUCUUUUACCAAUGAAGACUCACUCAGGUCUAAUAGCUCAUGUGAUAACUCCCCCCAAGCUCUUUGUCCGACCAGUGGCUCUGCACUCAACACAGUGCAUGCCAGAUCAGAAGAAACCCCACAUAAAGCUAGAGUUUGUUGAUGGCGUUCUUCAUCAAAAGUUAAUAUUCGUACAGUCCGCAAGUGAUAUCCAUGUGGAGGAAGGAGAAUGCAUAAUAUUCAGCGAUGGGACGAAAUCUCCCGGAUGUAACCAAGACGAAUAUAGAUCAUAUAGUGAAGAACUGGCCACAAGUAAUAUUAACAUAGAGUUACGUUAUUUUGAUGGUGAAGGAGAGACAGAUGGGCGGGUAACUCACUGUACCUUAACAACAAGUAAACAACCCUCUCAACAACCACAACAACCAGAGGUACAAGUAGCUGAAGAUCAAAUCGAUACACAAGAUAUAUCUAGUAGUAUAACAUUAUGGCCGAUGUUUAAACGUAAGGUAUUAGAUGAAAAAGAUUUACGCUGUGAAGAAUCAACCUUUAUAGAUUUUUCUCUCUUUCAAAGUACUCAUUUAGCUUUUGAAGCCAAACAAAUCAAUAUACAUGAGUAUAUGGAUUAUAAUACAGUAUUUAAACAUAAUUUAGAUGAACCUGAGUGUUCAAAAGAUGAUAUUAUACCUCAGUUGGCUAGAGAUCAUUUAGUUAAUAUUAAUAAUCAAAUACAAUAUAAAGCAGAGACUGGACUUCAAGAGGUUUUACAGAGUUUGAGUGGUGAGAUUGAACCAGUACAAGUUGUAGCUAACAGAAUAGCAUUAGCUUUACAAAGGAAUAAGACAUCAUGGGUGGCUGCAUCUGCUGCAGGAUUGUACUGGAGAGUUGAAGGUGAUAUUGAGAAAGCUUUUGAUUGUUAUAGAUUGGCGUUGUCACAUGUUCCUAGACAGUAUUCAGACUUAGUGUUAAUUGGUUAUGCUAAUAUAUUGCUACAAGGGAGAUAUUUUAAUAAUGCCAUCGUGAUAGUGGAUUUGGCUCUAGAAGUACAGCCAUCUUUACCUAUAUUAUAUUUUACACUUGGCAAUAUAUACGCUGCAUUGAACCAAUGGGAAACGGCUGUAUCAUUUUACGAGGCUACUCGAUACUAUCAAGAGAAUUUUGCACCAGCUCUGGACAGACUCCGAGCCAUUUAUUGCCAAAAUUUAAUUAAAUGAUAUACAAAUUUGUUGAAUUUUUAUUGAUGUUUUAUUAUUAAUGGCUUAGCUUGAAAUUAAGAUGAUGUCUAAAUACUAGAUACGUCAAAAUCCAUUUUAACUUAUCUUCGGUUUUUAUACAUUUGCCAUCUUGUCAAAAUCCAUUUGAACUUUCUUAGGUUUUUAUACGUUUGCCAUAAUAGUUUUUCUUGCCAAAUUAGACUGAUUAUUGCAUUUUAUAUGUUGAUAUGCUGUGUUAUAUCUGUAUGUAGCCAAGUGGACAAUUUUUCCUUUUAACCCAGACCAAAGAUUAUAUUGCUUCUUAAAAUCUGUUAUAUUUAGGGCACAGAGUAAUUUCCAAAUCAUAGAAAAUAUUGAUUUUAGAUAUAGAUUUUAAUGUGUUUAAUUUAUAAAUAAUUGUUUUAAAAAUAAUAUUUACUGUUUAAAGAUUCAUAUGUAAUGUUAAAUAUUUUUGUUAUCUUAUUAUAAUUAAAACUGUUGAAAUCUUU